CUCGCUGGCUGUGGGGUCGGCUCUACCAAGAAGUUACCAUGGUUCCAACGAGAGCGUCAUCGCUGACGAUGACUUUGUUUUUGUUAAUGGGACAAGGCUGUAUAAUAAAGAUGGAAUGUACUAUCUCACGGGAAUGAACUACUGGGCAUGUAUGAAUCUUGCUGCAAGCGACUCGGUAGGCGGAAACUACGCUCGCCUUGUAACGGAGCUGGAUCAGAUGGCUGAGCGUGGAAUAAACCAUCUUCGUAUCAUGGCUUCGUCAGAAGGCGCACCGACACCGCAGCCUUUUAGGAUGACACCCGCUCUACAGCAAGCCCCUGGCGAGUACAACGAGGAAAUCUUCAAAGGUCUCGACAUUUGCCUUGCUGAAAUGUCAAAACGUGGUAUGCGCGCUACCAUGACCCUCAACAACGAGUGGCAGUGGAGCGGUGGCUUUGCCCAAUACGUGUCGUGGGCAACCAACAACACCAAAAUCCCGUAUCCCCCAAGCUGGAAUCUGACAGCGCCGCCUCAGCGCGAGACGCCCGGCACAGGAUGGGGAAACUACACCGUACAAGGCGUUGAUGCGGCUUCGUACAACGAGUUCACCGCAUACGCCAACCUGAUUUACAACAACACGCAAGCAGAGCAAUGGUACAAAGACCACAUCAAAACUGUCAUGAGCCGGCGCAACACCGUCACGGGACGUCUUUACACCGAAGACCCGACCAUCAUGACAUGGCAGCUGGCCAAUGAACCCCAGCCGUCUGAUCAAGUAGGAUUCACGGGUCCCUACAAUAUUUUCCUCAAGCCUAAUCCAGACGAUUUGCUGUUCCCGUGGGUAGACCGGAUAUCGCGCUACAUCCACUCCAUGUCAGCGCGGCAGCUCAUCAGCGUGGGCCUCGAGUCCAAGCAAGGCGAGUACUACUUCAAGCGGGUGCACAACUUCUCCACCGUCUCGUACGCCACGACGCACUGCUGGGUGCAGAACUGGGGUGUCUACGACAUGUACAACGCCAGCGAAGCCAACCUGGCGGCCUCGCAGAAGUUCGCGUCCGACUUUGUCAAGAACUCGAGUGCGUGGGCCACCGACAUUGGCAAGCCCGUGUUCCUCGAGGAAUUCGGCAUGGCCCGCGACAACUGGGAGAACAAGGAUAAGGAGUACCCUUAUUUGAGCAGCGCGAGCACUACGCACAAGGAUCAGUACUUUGACACGAUUAUCGGGGCCGUCAUGCAGGAUUUCAUGAAUCAUGGCCCGUAUAUUGGGACUUGUCCGUGGGCGUAUGGUGGUAUUUAUCGCCCGGAGACGCAGCAUGCGGAUGAGUUUGGCAUGGUGUGGGCGGGUGACCCGCCACAUGAGAGUCCGGGGUGGUAUGACCUUUAUGACGAUGACAUUGCCAUGGAUAUUGUGGAGAAACAGCACCGGGUUAUUGAGGCGUGGAUUGCCGAGAAUGGGGACGAUGACUGUGAUUGA